UAAAAGUGAGACUGUGGAUUGUGAAUGAAUAAAAUUGUCUGACAAUCUUUUGUGUAUCUUGAAUUUCAAACGUCAAAAUUAAACCGAAAAUGAACAAACCAACUUUGGGUUAUUGGGAUUUACGUGGUUUGGGUCAACCAAUCCGUUUGAUGUUGGCAUAUGCCGGUGUUGAUUAUGUUGAUAAACGUUAUAAUAUUGGUCCGAAUUUUGAUCGUUCAGAAUGGUUGAAUGAAAAAUUCAAUUUGGGUUUAGAUUUCCCAAAUUUGCCAUAUUACAUGGAUGGUGAUGUUAAAAUUACCCAAUCGAUGGCCAUUCUUCGUUAUUUGGCCCGUAAAUAUAACAUGGAUGGUACUAAUGAACAGGAACGUUUACGAAUUUCAAUGGCUGAACAACAAACACAUGAUAUGUUUAUGGCCAUGGUCCGUAUUUGUUAUGAUCCAAAUAUGGAAAACUUACGAGUUGAUUAUUUGAAAACAUUGCCCGAUUCAUUGAAAUUGAUGGAAAAAUUUUUAGCUAAUCAUGAUUAUAUUGCCGGUUCAAAAAUUUCUUAUGCAGAUUUUUAUUUGUAUGAAUAUUUGUGCCGUAUGAAAGUCAUGGUACCAGAAGUAUAUGGACAAUUUGAAAAUUUGAAAAAAUUUGUUGAACGCAUUGAAUCAUUGCCACGUAUUGCCGAAUACAUUAAGAAACAAAAACCAACAACAUUCAAUGCAUCAUUGGCUAAAUGGAAUGGUUCUUAUGCCUAAGAAAAAACAAACAAA